UUUAAUAACCUUCACGCUGACACACGCUUAACAUUUCCAGCCAAUUUGAAUAAAAUGUAUCUGCACUCUAACACCAUGCCGGUUAAAUAAUAAUCUAAAAAUGUGGUACGUCUUCCAUAUGUCGCUGGAAUAAAGUUCGAUUCUAAUACGCGGGUUAAACGAUGGCGAGGCCACCAAAGAAAAAGUUACCGCCGAGAAGACGAAAGCCGAAGGUUAAAGAUCCGGAGAGGGAGGAAGAAACUAGGAAAAGGGUUGCAGCGAUCGAGGCGAAGAGACAAAAGGUUAUAGAAGAAGUUAAACAAUCGUUGUACGAAAGACGAAUGGACAAAAUUGCAAUAGAAAGGGGCCGUCUUGAGAAGGAAGAAAAAUUUCGCGAGAAGGAUGCAAGGGAUGCCAAGAAAGAAGGGAGUGAAAAAAUAAUGUUACAGAUUCGCGACGACCUAAGCAGAGUCGUGGAGACGGGCAUAAAGUGCGUGUACACAUCCGUCAUUAUACCGGAAAAAGUGAAAUACGACGGUAAAUCGGUCCUGUCGAUCAAGGGGGUGAAAUACAAGGUGAAGAAAAACUUGCAUAUAGUGGGAUGGGGCAAAGAAGCAAUCACGAUGAGCGCCGCGUUCGAACGGAUCGUCGGCAGACAAUUGAAAAAAGGAUGGGUGAUCGUGCCCCGUAAAUCGAUUUUCCGGAUGUGGAGUUACCCGGAAGCGUUCCCAAGGUUGGACAGUGCCAUUUCCUACGUCGAGGCCGGGACAAACGGGCUUCCGGACGAGAAGUCCGUCGCGACCACGAAGAAAAUUCUUCACUACUGCAAGAAACUGAAAAGGAAGGAUCUGCUAAUCGUGAUGCUAUCGCAAGGAAUCGACGAUCUGCUCUGUUGCCCGCGGGAAGAAAUUGGGCUCAGGGAUAAACUUCGAGCAUUAAACAGGCUGAAGAUAGCCGAAGCAACUCCCGAGGAGAUUAAUACCGUAAGAAACAAGUUGUCUGCCAUUCGAGGAGGAGAUCUAGCACGGUUCGCAUACCCGGCCAGAGUGAUCACUCUGAUCACGUCGGACGUCUCCGCGGAGCCGAUGUCGCAGCUUUCUGGCGGGCCGUGCGUGUACGACCCGAAGGGCGACGCGGCACUAAAAAUUUUAUCGAAGUACAGGGUGCUCGAGAAACUAUCUCAGAGCGUGAGAGAUCUCGUCGAGGAGACCGUCCCGUGGACGAUGGCGGCGGACAAGCAAGUGACAGAGCAGAAAAAGUACAAGUUCGUCCACGAAUACGUGAUAGCCUGCAACGCGGACGCCAUGGAAUGCAUGGCCGUGGAGGUUUUCAAGUUGGGCCUGUUCCCGGUGAAAUUGAACUCCACUUGUUUCGGCGAGGUUCAGGAGUUCGCGCGAGAGUACGUGAAAAUUACCUCGCUGAUGAUCCUGGCGGUCGAAGGGAAGAUCAAUAUGCUGGACAUGUAUCUGGACAUGAGGGAGAGCUCUGUCUGCCCGUUGACCGACAAGAAGGUGCACGAGAUAUUCCCAGCGAAAGACAAAUGGGGUUUGGGGCUGUGCCUUUUGUUGGGCGGCCGGCAAACUGUCAAUCUAUGCCUUCAUCCCGGCAAAGGCGGUCCCAAUCACGAGCUAGCUCUAUACUUUUCAUUAUAUUGGUAUAUGAGCACGGAGCAAUAUCCAAUUUUGAGGGAGUACACCGUCUGGUUCCUCGGCGGCAGCUCUUACGGGAAGGACGGCAAUACCGACGCAGCUGGUGCUUUCGGCUAUAAGAGCCUGGCUACUGAUAUUUAUCCGGAAUACGAAAAAGCGCUGAGCGCGUAUAAUACUGCUAACGCGAACUGGUGGAAACUUAAAGAGGAAAGACGAAACCCGCUCGCGAUAGAGCGAGCCCACAGAGAAAUGGCUGAUCUGAAAGUUGUGAAAGACCAAUUCGAGUCUAUUAUGCCCGCGAGAGUCUUGGCACAAAACAAUACGAACACGAUGUUUUUGAGCAUCAACGACGAAGACGAAUUGUUGCUGCUGAAGACUGGCAAUUAUUAUACUUUCACGAACGUUGGGGACCUCCAUAUCAUACGAAUCGUCCGUUUCCAGUGUAAUUGUAACGGUGUUUGUCAUGGACCGGAAGACAGGAUAUGCCUCGAUGAAGAAUGCCCUGUCAAUCUUGCAAUGACCCCUGGCGAACGAACGAAAACGCAGUACUGUUGCCAACUUGGUAAAGAGAAAGAAGUAACCGAUCUGUGAAAACGAAAGUUAAUCGACGCAUUAAUUCUCCGCUGAAAUGUAUUCGUAUUUUAGACUGUACAAGGUGUCCCAAAAAUGUUUCGCAAUCCGAAAAUGAGAGGAUCCUGAGGUUAUUUGAAGUAACU